AGCCCCUCCCCCGCGCCCCGGACCAGCCAGCUCGCUCCGGCUUGCUCCGGUCCGGGGCCGCCCCCGCCCCGCUCCUGCUCCGCCCCUGCCGGCUGGGGUUUCCGAGCCGCUUGCACUGCGACCCCCGCACCUCUGUGAACAUGGCGCUGCGAGCGGUGCGGAGCAUGCGGGCUGUGGCCUGCAGUCUGCGCGUCGCCUCCGCGCCCGCCGCACCCUGCCCACCGCGGCCCUGGGGGCUGAGGGCGGGCGCUGUCCGGACACUGCGCACGGGCUCCGCUCUGCUCUCCGUGCGUAAAUUCACAGACAAACAUGAAUGGAUAACAACAGAAAAUGGUAUUGGAACAGUGGGAAUCAGCAAUUUUGCACAGGAAGCUCUGGGAGAUGUUGUUUACUGUAGUCUGCCUGAAGUUGGGACAAAACUGAACAAACAAGAUGAGUUUGGUGCUUUGGAAAGUGUGAAAGCUGCUAGUGAACUCUAUUCGCCUUUAUCAGGAGAAGUAACUGAAAUUAAUGAAGCUCUUGCAGAAAAUCCAGGACUUGUCAACAAAUCUUGUUACGAAGAUGGUUGGCUGAUCAAGAUAGCACUCAGUAAUCCUUCAGAACUGGAUGAAUUAAUGAGUGAAGAAGCAUAUGAGAAAUACAUAAAAUCUAUUGAGGAAUGAAAAUGGAACCCCUAAAUAAACUAGUAUGAAACAACUUAA